AUGACGAUGAAUGAUGAACAUGGAAGUUUAUUAGUUCGUCGACUUACUCAUAGGUAUGGAACAUUACCGAGGAGUGGCGAUUUCCCAUUGACUACAGAUCAAUUGUCAGAAUUACAUAGUCCAAAAUCACUUAAAAUAUUUAAUAAAUUGUUUCAAAAUGAUGAAGAAAAUUUAUUUAAAUUUUUAAAGACUGAUAAGAUUAAAGGGAUAAUUCUUCCUGAUGAUAAAUCUUAUUUAAAGGAGGAAAGAUAUCAAAUUUAUAGUGAUAAUAGAAUCCCUGAAAGAGUUGGGAAAACUUUUUUACAAUUGGUUUGGGAAGCACUUCAUGAUAAGACUAUGAUAUUAUUAACAGCUGCUGCAAUUGUAUCAUUUCUAUUAGGUCUUUAUGAAUUAAUAUAUCAACCACCACAAUAUGAUCCGGAAGGUAAUCCAAUUAAACAAGUGGAUUGGAUUGAAGGUAUUGCAAUCAUGACUGCUGUUGUUGUUGUCGUUGUUGUGGGUGCAUUAAAUGAUUACCAAAAAGAAUUACAAUUUGCAAGAUUAAAUAAGAAAAAAGAAGAUCGUGAUAUUAUUGUAAUUAGAAAUGGUAAUGAAAUAUUAAUUUCUAUUCAUGAUAUUCUUGUUGGUGAUGUAAUUAAUUUACAAACUGGGGAUGUUGUUCCUGCGGAUUCGAUUUUAAUUUCAGGUACUUGUGAAGCUGAUGAAUCAUCAAUGACUGGUGAAUCAGAUACAAUUAAGAAAGUAGAUUUAACUACUUCACUUAAGUCGUAUGAAGAAUUGAAACAAAAGGAUCCACAAAAUAAUACUUUAGAUAUUGGUUAUUCUACAAAGGAUGGUGAUAAAGUACCAGAUUGUAUAUUGAUUUCGGGUUCAAAAUUAUUAUCAGGUCUUGGUAAAGCUGUAGUGACAGCUGUAGGGACUAAUUCCAUUUAUGGUAGAACUAUGAUGUCCUUAAAAGUUGAACCUGAUCCAACACCUUUACAAGAACGUUUAAGUCAAUUGGCUGAUAGUAUUUCAGUAUAUGGCUGUGUCGCCGCAAUGAUAUUAUUUUUGGUUCUUUUUUUUAGAUUUUUAAUUUAUACUUUAUUACCUGAUGGUAGAUUUCAUGAUCUAGAUCCUGCUCAAAAAGGUAGUAAAUUCAUGAAUAUUUUUAUCACUGCAGUAACAGUUAUUGUAGUUGCUGUUCCAGAAGGUUUACCAUUAGCUGUCACAUUAGCAUUGGCUUUUGCAACGACGAGAAUGACAAAAGAUGGUAAUUUAGUUAGAAAUUUAAGAGCUUGUGAAACAAUGGGUUCUGCGACUGCUGUUUGUUCGGAUAAGACAGGUACUUUGACAGAAAAUAUUAUGAGUAUUGUUAAGGGUGUAUUUGGAGAUUCUUAUUUCGAUGAUGGAGAUUUUGAGAGAACUUCGCAACAGACUUCUCAUGAAAUCUUCAACAAACAGGGACAAUUUUGUUCAAAGGAAUUAAAACAAGUGGUCUUGUCAAAUAUUAUAUUGAACUCCACUGCAUUUGAAAAUAAAGAAUAUUCUCCAGAACAUGAUAGUGAUCAAAAUGAUACUGCAAAUCAUGAGGAAUUAAUGAGUUCCAUCGAAAGAGGUAGGAUUGAAGCAUAUAUUGGCUCAAAGACAGAAACUGCAUUAUUGAAUAUGUCAAGAAAGGCAUUGGGUGUACAAUUUGGUAAUUUACAAAAAAUGAGAACUAAUACAAUCGAAUAUUUUCAAAUAGAGAAAAUUGUACAGGUAAUUCCUUUUGAAAGUUCCCGUAAAUGGGCAGGAGUUGUAGUUAAAUUACAAGGUUCAGAUACUUAUAGAUUUUUCGUCAAGGGUGCUGCUGAGAUUGUCUCCCGCAAAUGUAAAUACAAGACCCUUUCGAAUAACAAAACUGUAGAAAUUAAUGAUAAUGUAAUGACUGAUAUCAAAGAAGAAAUUAAUAAACUUGCUGUAGAUGCAUUGAGAGCUAUUUCAUUGGCUCAUAGAGAUUUUUUGAAUUGUAAAUCAUGGCCACCAAAGGAAUUUAAAGACAAAACUGAAGAUGAUGAAAAAACUAUGGAGGCUUCACCAGAAUUAUUAUUAGGUAAAGUGUUAGAACAGAACAAUGGUGUUGAUUCUAUGACUUUAGAUGGUAUUGUUGGUAUUCAAGAUCCCUUACGUAAAGGUGUGAGGGACUCUGUCCUUCAAUGUCAACGUGCAGGUGUUACAGUUCGUAUGGUUACAGGUGAUAAUAUUACUACCGCAAGAGCUAUUGCUAGAAAUUGUAAUAUUUUAACCCCAGAAAAUUUUGCUGAAUCUGAUCGUGCUAUGGAAGGUCCUCAAUUCCGUAAAUUAACUAAAGAGGAACGUAUAAAAAUUUUGCCAAACUUGAGAGUUCUGGCCAGAUCAUCCCCAGAAGAUAAGAGGAUUCUUGUUGAAACAUUAAAGGGGAUGGGUAAUGUUGUAGCUGCCACUGGUGACGGUACAAAUGAUGCGCCUGCUUUAAAAUUAGCUGAUGUUGGUUUUUCCAUGGGUAUAUCAGGUACAGAAGUCGCAAGAGAAGCCUCUGAUAUUAUUUUAAUGACAGAUGACUUUUCUGCUAUUGUUGAUGCUAUAAAAUGGGGUAGAUGUGUUUCUAUUUCAAUCAAAAAAUUUAUUCAAUUUCAGCUAAUCGUUAAUGUUACAGCUGUAGUUCUAACUUUUGUGUCUUCUGUAGCUUCAGAAGAUGAAACGUCCGUAUUGACUGCAGUUCAAUUACUAUGGGUUAAUUUGAUUAUGGAUACUUUAGCUGCUCUUGCAUUGGCUACUGAUAAACCAGAUCCAAGUAUUAUGGAGAGGAAACCAAGGGGACGUAGUACACCAUUGAUUACCCCAUCUACUUGGAAGAUGAUUUUGGGACAAGCUACUUUACAACUCAUCAUUACAUUCAUAUUGCAUUUCGGUGGCCAAAAGAUAUUCUUCCCUAAUGAUGAGACAAUUACUGGAUUCCAACAACAACAAUUGAAUGCAAUGACAUUUAACACAUUCGUUUGGUUACAAUUUUUCACACUUAUUGUUUCUAGAAAAUUGGACGAAUGUGAUGGUAUAACAAAUUGGAGAGAAAGAAUAACUAAAGUGAACUUGGAUUUCUUUCAGGAUCUAUUUAGAAAUUAUUAUUUCUUAACUGUUAUGGCUUUAAUUGGUACUUGUCAAGUCCUCAUUAUGUUUUAUGGUGGUGCACCUUUCUCAAUUGCUCCACAGACACCCGCUAUGUGGAAAACUGCCGUACUAUGUGGUACCUUAUCGCUUCCAGUUGGUCUUCUAAUUAGAAUAGUACCAGAUGAAGUUGCAAUGAAAAUUUUCCCUCGUCGUUUGUUCGACAAAUUGAAUUAUUAUGUGAGCUUCGAGUUCCUAAGACAUAAACAAGGAUCUCCUUCAGACGAAGAAUCACUUCUCCCAGAAGGUGAAGAAGAGGCAUUCUCUUCCAGUGCUAGUGCAUUUUACUAG